AUGGCUUUCGUCCCCUCAUUACCGGUCGCCCACUUCGCACCCUACGCGUCAAGUCAUAAGUCAUCUCUCCGUCGCGCAUUGCUGCGCUCGCCAUCAAGACGAGCAUCCCGUCUCUCCCCUACUGUGCAUCGGUCGGCCCCGGUGCAAAUUCGAGCAUCGUUUGACUAUGAUCUCGCUGUCAUUGGAGCUGGAGUCGGUGGCCACGGCGCGGCUCUCCAUGCAGUAUCUAAGGGUCUAAAGGUCGUUAUAUUUGAAGCUGCAGACGUUGGAGGAACUUGCGUCAAUCGCGGAUGCGUCCCCUCAAAGGCACUGCUCGCUGCUGCCGGUCGCGUUCGCGAAAUGAAGGACGCUGAUCAUUUGCGCGCCAUGGGAAUUUCGUUGUCGGACGUCGAGUAUGACAGACAGGGGGUUGCCGACCACGCUACUGGGUUGGCGUCAAAGGUGAAGAGCAACAUGGCUAACUCAUUGACUUCGCUUGGUGUAGAGAUUAUCAAUGCCAGAGCGACCCUGACGGGCCCGCAAAGCAUCAGCGGGUCAAAUGGGAGUACGUAUACGGCGAAGGAUAUCAUUCUUGCCCCGGGAAGCACCCCGUUUGUGCCGAGGGGCAUUGAGAUUGACAACAAGACUGUGUUCACCUCCGAUGGCGCACUCAAGAUGGAAUGGGUUCCGGACUGGGUCGCCAUUGUUGGUUCUGGCUACAUCGGUCUCGAGUUCUCCGACGUAUACACGGCUCUUGGUUCAAACGUUACCUUUGUCGAGGCUCUGCCCAACUUGAUGCCUGGUUUUGACCCGGAAAUAUCUCGUCUUGCUCAAAGACUGCUAAUUAACCCCCGUCCUAUUGACUAUCACACUAACGUCUUUGCGUCCAAAGUCACUCCGGGGAUUCCGGGUGAGAAGCCAGUCGUCAUCGAGCUUAUUGAUGCAGGAUCGAAAGAACCAGUUGAUACCUUAUACGUAGAUGCUGCCAUGAUUGCCACUGGCAGAGCGCCAUACACGAAUGGACUCGGUCUUGAUAGUAUCAAUGUCGAGACACAAAGAGGGUUUGUUCCUGUUGAUGAAAAAAUGAACGUUGUAGACAAAGAUGGAAACGUCAUUGAGCAUGUGUACGCGAUUGGGGAUGUCAAUGGUAAGAUGAUGCUGGCGCAUGCUGCUUCCGCGCAGGGAAUUAGCGCCGUAGAGAACAUCACUGGAAAGUCGCACGUCGUAGAUCACAACACCGUCCCAGCGGCAUGCUUCACGCACCCUGAAAUCUCCAUGGUCGGAUUGACGGAACCAGCAGCAAAGGAAGCAGCUAAGGAAGGCGGCUUUGAGCUUGGGAAAUCAAUCGGCCAUUUCCGCGCCAACUCCAAAGCUCUGGCUGAAGGUGAAGGCGAUGGCAUUGCCAAGGUGUUGUUUAACAAGGACAACGGCAAAAUUCUUGGAGUUCACAUCAUUGGAAUUCACGCGGCUGAUCUGAUUCAAGAGUGUUCCAAUGCGAUGGCGAGAGGAACUACCGUGGAUGAGUUGGCAUUCUGUGUGCAUACGCAUCCGACAUUGAGCGAAGUUAUUGAUGAGGCUAUGAAGGGAGCUGUGGGAAUGGCAGCUCACUAGAGCCCUUCAUGCUUGUUUGCUGUCUUGGUAUCUUUACUGCGGAGAGGAAUGGCAGUAAAUGAAGACAUGUUGACAUUCAGAAUUUUGGAUUUGAAGCGAAUUCUUCUUCUGAGCAUGGCCCGAAGCAAUUCUGAGGAGACUAUGAUUUCCAUCAUUCAACUCUGAGAAGACCUGUGGUUGAAAGCCGAACCUAUAAUAGAACAGGACAACAUGUCGACAUGGUUCUAGUACCGGGUGGUAUGUUACUCCUGCGAAAAUGUAGUUAGAGGUCAUCGAGCAGGCUCUUCUUGCGUCUUUUCUUUAUUCCCAACUUUUU